AUGGAAGAGCCCGUGGAUUUCCAGUCGCUGCUCAUGGGACUCGCCGGGGAGCCUCAAGAGCAAAAGCCGCUCCUCCCUUCGACGCCGGGCACAGUUUCCGACUUUACGCUCUUUGACAGCCCUAGCCUGCCGGCAAGUGAAGCCCGGUCACAAAGAGGCGGUCAGCUCUAUUACGACGAGCUGGGGUACGAGUAUCGCUCGUACCGCGUCGACUCGACCGGCAAAGCAAACUUCAGAUGCUGCGCAAGAAGAUGUACCGGAAAAGCUUACUGGCAAGGCGAUGGACUGCCCGUCACCAGAAAAUCCAACCACAACCAUCCGCCGCCGACUUUUGCCAAAGAGGUUCGACACAUCAAUGAAUCGACGAAGAUUUGGCCGCACGGUCCGCAAAGCGCUACCGAGGCGGUGGCCGAACAACUAAAAACUGUCCCGCCCUACAUCAAGCCGCUGAUCAAAGAGGCGAGCCUCAAGCGGAAGGCGAUGCGCUUGAAGAAGGCCCGGAAAAAUCAGGAUACAUUGAACUCUGCAACAAGCGCGGUGCAAGCCGACGUCCUCGCCAAUCUUUUGAACCAAAACACGACGGCACUGCAGACUUGCGAGGAUUGCGGCUCUCAGGAACCGGAUGAGAAGAUGUUCCAGUGCUUGGAAUGCGCGAAAAAUUUAUGCUCGUACUGCGGACUCUCCAUGCACAAGUCGCACAUCGAAAAGGUGGAACCGCUAGGCCCUCGACAGGUAAAAGCUUUGGCGGAGAACGUGAAGCAGCUUGCCGAUAAGGCCAUGGGCUUUUAUUCGGAAUUUAUUCCGAACGAGCACGCCGAUGUGCAGAAGAAAAUUCAACUCAGCCUGCAGCUGCUCGCCCGCAAGGCCGAUGAAGUUGAAAAAUGUACCAGGAUAUCUGACGCCGAUUUUCAGAGCAACUACGUCAGAGGCUUUCUCGAACUAUUUUCCGGCUACACUGAUGAAUAUCUGCCCUCGUUGAAGAAAUUCUCAAACCAAUUGGAGGCGAUGAUCACCCAGCUGGCCGGCGAAAAUAGUCAG